UUUUCUGGUCUAUAUGAUUCUUCUUCCCGUUAUUAUAUAUCCUAUGCUUACUCCCAAAUGAAAAUCAAGAUCACCAAAACGCCCCAUAGCAGCCCUUCACAGCUCCUGAAAGUAUGCUUCUUUCCCUUCGUCUGAUUUGGAUCCCUUUUAUGAUAUGGAUAACCACUGCAGCUGACUUCGAAACACACUACUGUGGCCUCAACACCACCAGCCACAUCAACGGCACCGCUUACUAUUCAAAUGUCAUUCAAGUUCUUGGCUCACUUUUUUCAGAUAAAUCCGUCGAUGAUAUCAGGAAUUUCUCAGACAAGAGUGCUGGAAACAGACCUCCAGACAAAGCCUAUGGGCUUUACCUUUGUCGGGACGAUGCACUCCCGAACGACUGUCGUAACUGUUUGCUUAAAGCCCGUGCUAAUAUUGAGGUGUCAUGCCCAUUCUCAGUAGCGGCAGUGUGGUGGAGCGACCUCUGCAUGUUGCGCUAUGCCAACUAUUCGAUGGUCUCGGUUAUGGACUCCGACUCUUUUAUUUCAGAGUGCAACAAGAUAGAUAUUUCUGAAAUGGUUGCGGAACAAAGUCGGUUCUGGGAAGCUGGUACAACUUUGAUGGGUCAAUUAGCAUCCCGGGCUUCAAAACAAGAAUCCAAGCUUCUUGCACAUGAUGAGCAAAAUUACCAUGGUAGUAAUAUGACUAUUUAUGGAUAUGUUCAGUGCACACCAGAUUUAUCGAGCUCCGAUUGUGAUCGAUGCCUUCGAGAUAGUAUAAGAAAUCUGCGGCGUUAUUGUUUCGGGAGAGAAGGAGCACGCGUGCUAACCCCUAGUUGUAAUGUUAGAUUUGAGAUCUAUAAGUUCUUAACAUAUGCAGCAAACACGCCAGACACAAAUGGGAAAAAGAAAAUUUCAUCAACUAUAAUUGCAGCCAUCGUUGCUAUAAUUGGUGUGCUUGUGGUGAUAGCUGGCAUAUGCUACUGGUUCAUAACGAAGAAACCGCGUCCGAUCAUAUUCAAGGAUUUCAAGGAUGAAACUGGUGAGAGCGAAAUGAUAACAGAGCAGUCUCUGCAGUUUGAAUUGGGCACGAUCCAAGCAGCUACAGACAAUUUCUCUCUACAUAAUAAAAUAGGUGAAGGUGGGUUUGGUGGAGUAUACAAGGGGAUUCUUCAAAAUGGGAGUCAAAUAGCUGUGAAGAGACUAGCCAAAAGCUCGGGACAAGGUGCGCUGGAGUUCAAGAACGAAGUUGUAUUACUAGCCAAGCUUCAACAUAGAAAUCUCGUUAGACUAUUGGGAUUUUGCCUCGAAGAUGAAGAGAAGAUCCUCAUCUACGAAUACGUUCCUAACCACAGUCUUGACUUCUUUCUAUUCGAUCCCGCAAAACAAGCGCAAUUGGAUUGGCCAACACGUUACCGCAUAAUCGGAGGAAUUGCUAGAGGGAUGUUGUACCUACACGAGGAUUCUAGAUUAAGAAUCAUCCAUCGGGAUCUCAAAACUAGCAAUAUACUGUUAGACGAAGACAUGAAUCCAAAAAUUUCAGAUUUUGGCAUGGCAAGGAUUAUUUUUGGAAAUCAAACACAAGCAAUGACAAAUAGAAUUGUUGGAACUUAUGGAUACAUGUCGCCAGAGUAUGCGAUGCAUGGCAGCUUUUCCGUGAAGUCAGAUGUAUUCAGUUUAGGUGUAUUGGUUCUCGAGAUCAUUAGUGGUAAACGAAGCACAAGUCUCUUUCAAUUUGGUUACGGUGACCUUCUACACCAUGCUUGGAAUAAAUGGAAGGAUGGAGAACCAUUCGGGAUACUUGACCCGAGCUUGGUGGACUCUACCUCACAAAACGAAGUCUUGCGUUGCAUCAAUAUCGCCUUAUUGUGUGUUCAAGAAGAUGCUGAAUUAAGGCCUUCAAUGGCAUCUGUACUCCACAUGCUCAGCAGUUACUCGGUUGCUUUACCGUUGCCUCAAAAUCCUCCAUUUGUAUCUAGGAAUAGAGUUAGACACGUAACGUCAAAAAUGGCGGAAUCAGAUGACAGUAUAUGCACUGUUUGGCCUACUGAAACUUCACAAAUUACCGAUGUACAUCCUCGAUAAACAUCACUUAAAUGAAUUAGUCACUAGUUGUUACACGUUGUAUCAUUUUUUUUGGAAUAAAGGUGUCCUAUAAUAUCUUUGAA